UUGAAAAAAGAGUUCAUUGGGUUUGUCAUCCUCGCUCUCUCUCUGUCCCUCUCCCUCUUAGCAGUCACCCUCCCUCUUACCUAUCCGGCCACUUUGGUGCUUAUUUAUUCACAGGAUCCUCCCUUAUUCCACCGUGACAGCUUUUCUGACGAUUUUCAUCCAAUCCAUUGGAUACUGGACAACAUGUAUUUCGUCUUUCUAUAUCGAUGAUGAAUGAUUCGUGUGAAAACAUUGCUCGCGAUCCGCCGCCGCCGCUGCUGUGAUGAUGGAGAGGCGGUGCGUGUCAGAGCAAGGCGGAUAGAGGCCCAGCAAAGCCCCGCGCUGGAUUUAUAGCCCUGAACGAGCGACUGAAAACCAACAGCGGAUUACCUCACAACAACUCUCCGUAUAAUUCAGUGGACCUGAAGUUAUAAAGCAAACAGAUCAGAUAAAGGUCUGAACUAUGACGGACAUUUACAUUUACAAGUGGCCCUAACAUCAGACUGAGGAGAAAAAGAGGUUGGUGAUUUUUUUUUUUUUUUUUUUUUCCCUGUUGAAGAUUGUGAGGACUACAAAUCAUGCCUCCAAGACCCUCCUCGGGAGAGCUAUGGGGCAUCCAUUUGAUGCCCCCCAGGAUUCUGGUGGACUGUCUACUGCCCAAUGGCAUGAUCCUGACACUAGAGUGCCUCCGGGAGGCUACCCUCAUCACAAUCAAACAUGAACUGUUUAAGGAGGCAAGGAAGUAUCCCCUCCACCAUCUGCUGCAGGAGGAGACCUCCUAUAUUUUCGUCAGCGUAACGCAAGAGGCAGAGCGUGAGGAGUUCUACGAUGAGACGAGAAGACUUUGCGACCUUCGGCUAUUCCAGCCCUUCCUAAAGGUCAUUGAACCUGUAGGAAACAGAGAGGAAAAAAUCCUCAACAGAGAAAUCGGUUUUGCCAUCGGCAUGCCAGUGUGUGAGUUUGAUCUAGUGAAGGAUCCGGAGGUGCAGGACUUCAGGAGAAAUAUACUUAAUGUCUGCAAAGACUCAGUAGAGCUGCGGGAUGCCAGUGGGUCACACAGUCGAGCACUAUACGUUUAUCCUCCUAAUGUGGAGUCUUCACCAGAGCUUCCAAAGCAUAUAUAUGGCAAAUUAGACAAAGGUCAAAUCAUUGUAGUUAUCUGGGUGAUCGUCUCUCCCAACAAUGACAAGCAAAAGUACACGCUUAAAAUCAAUCACGACUGCGUACCUGAGCAGGUGAUCGCCGAAGCCAUCAGGAAGAAAACCAGGAGCAUGCUGCUGUCAGCUGAGCAGCUAAAGAUGUGCGUGCAGGAAUAUCAGGGCAAAUACAUCCUGAAAGUCUGCGGCUGUGACGAGUAUCUUUUGGAAAAGUACCCCAUCAGUCAGUACAAGUAUGUACGGAGUUGCAUUAUGCUGGGUCGGUUGCCAAACCUCAUGCUUAUGUCCAAGGACAGUCUUUACUCUCAGCUGCCUAUGGACAACUUCACCAUGCCCUCCUACGCCCGUCGCAUCUCCACUGCCACGCCUUACAUGAACGGAGAGGCCUCCACCAAAUCCCUCUGGACCAUUAACAGCACUCUAAGGAUACGUGUCCUCUGCGCCACAUACGUUAAUGUGAAUAUUCGGGACAUUGACAAGAUUUAUGUGCGGACAGGGAUCUACCAUGGUGGAGAACAGUUGUGUGAUAAUGUCAACACACAGCGUGUCCCAUGUUCAAAUCCAAGGUGGAACGAGUGGCUGACUUAUGACAUGUACAUUCCUGACAUCCCCCGGGCGGCUCGUCUCUGUCUCUCCAUCUGCUCUGUGAAAGGAAGGAAGGGGGCAAAGGAGGAGCAUUGUCCACUGGCCUGGGGAAACGUCAACCUGUUCGACUACACACACACACUGGUCUCAGGAAAGAUGGCACUGAAUCUGUGGCCAGUACCACACGGCCUAGAAGACCUUCUCAACCCCAUUGGGGUCACGGGCUCCAACCCUAACAAGGAAACCCCAUGUCUAGAGUUGGAGUUUGACUAUUUCAGCUCACCCGUUAAGUUUCCUGACAUGGCCACGAUUGAGGAUCACGCUAACUGGAUAAUAUCCAGGGAGAUGGGAUACAAUUACUGCCAGUCUGGACAGAGCAGCAGACUGGCACGAGACCACGCCAUGACGGAGGCAGAUAUAGAGCAACUUCGUCAGCUGGGCAACAGGGACCCGCUUUCUGAGAUCACUGAGCAGGAAAAAGACUUCUUAUGGAGGCACAGGCAGUAUUGUGUAAAUAUACCAGAAAUCCUGCCCAAGAUUCUGCUGGCGGUGAAGUGGAAUUCCAGAGAUGAAGUUGCACAGAUGUAUUGCCUUCUUAAAGAUUGGCCCGCAAUAAAGCCGGAACAAGCCAUGGAGUUGCUUGACUGUAACUAUCCUGAUCCAAUGAUCCGAGACUUCGCAGUUCGAUGCCUUGAGAAGUAUCUGACUGAUGACAAACUCUCACAGUACCUCAUUCAGUUGGUUCAGGUUCUGAAGUAUGAGCAGUAUCUUGAUAACCCACUGGUACGAUUUCUGCUGAAAAAAGCUCUUACCAACCAGAGGAUUGGGCACUUCUUCUUUUGGCAUUUGAAGUCAGAGAUGCACAAUAAAACCGUGAGUCAGCGGUUUGGUCUGCUGCUGGAGUCGUACUGUCGGGCAUGUGGCAUGUACCUGAAGCACCUGAGCAGACAGGUGGAAGCCAUGGAGAAGCUCAUCAACCUCACAGACAUUCUCAAACAGGAGAAGAAGGAUGAAACUCAGAAGGUGCAAAUGAAGUUCCUGGUGGAGCAGAUGAGGCGACCGGACUACAUGGAUGCCCUCCAAAAUUUCACCUCUCCACUCAACCCUGCCCACCAGCUGGGUAACCUACGACUUGAAGACUGCAGAAUCAUGUCCUCUGCCAAGAGGCCGCUCUGGCUGAACUGGGAAAAUCCUGACAUCAUGUCCGAACUUCUGUUCCAAAACAAUGAGAUCAUCUUCAAGAACGGGGAUGAUUUGAGGCAAGACAUGUUGACACUUCAGAUCAUCAGGAUAAUGGAGAACAUUUGGCAGAAUCAGGGGCUGGAUCUGAGAAUGCUCCCUUAUGGCUGCUUGUCUAUUGGAGAUUGCGUGGGUCUCAUAGAGGUGGUGAGAAGUUCUCACACCAUCAUGCAGAUUCAGUGUAAAGGAGGUCUGAAGGGGGCGCUGCAGUUUAACAGUUCAACGCUGCAUCAGUGGCUAAAGGACAAAAACAAGGGCGAGAUGUAUGACAUGGCCAUCGACUUGUUUACACGAUCCUGCGCUGGCUAUUGUGUGGCUACUUUUAUUCUGGGCAUUGGUGACAGACACAACAGUAACAUCAUGGUGAAGGAUGACGGGCAGCUGUUUCAUAUAGAUUUUGGUCACUUUUUGGACCACAAGAAGAAGAAGUUUGGCUACAAGCGAGAACGAGUUCCGUUCGUCUUAACUCAAGACUUCCUAAUUGUGAUCAGCAAAGGAGGAACCCAAGAGUGCACUAAAACCAGAGAGUUUGAGAGGUUCCAGGAGAUGUGUUACAAGGCUUACUUGGCCAUCAGACAGCAUGCCAACCUUUUCAUAAACCUCUUCUCCAUGAUGCUGGGCUCAGGCAUGCCAGAGCUGCAGUCCUUUGAUGACAUCGCUUACAUCCGCAAGACCCUGGCGCUGGACAAAACCGAGCAGGAGGCCCUGGACUAUUUCAUGAAGCAGAUGAAUGACGCUCACCAUGGUGGAUGGACCACCAAGAUGGACUGGAUCUUCCACACCAUCCGACACCAUGCCCAAAACUGAGCCGAUGCCCACAGGCAGAACUUGGGGCCCGAUAACAGGCAGAAACGAGACCCUUUUUGUCGGACGCACUGCCUGCUUUAUGCCAUGGAGAAACAUGGCACCCAAACCUCAUGUACAAAUGACCUUCAGAGCACUAAAACAACCUGGAAGGACAGAGUUUUUUUUGUCCUCUUCUUGUUUAUUUUAUUUUUUUCAUUUUUUUUUUUUUUUUCCCCCAAACGAGGCGUCUCUUGCCCACCAUUGUCCAGAGUGGUUUUACAUUAUAGCUGUAGUUUUGUCCCAAUGUUUUUUUUUGUUUUUUUUUUUCCUCUUCCCCCUUGUGCUGCUCUUUUCCUGGAGAGUCAAUACUACUUAUUAUUAUUAUUAUUAUUAUUAGUAUAUAUAUAUAUAUAUAUAUAUAUAUAUAUAUAUAUAUAUAUAUAAAAAAAAUAUAUAUAUAUAUAUAUAUAUAUAUAUAUAUAUAUAUUAUUUUUUAUUUUUUUAAUUUUUUUUUUUCUACAGAAAACAAACCUUCGGGAAAAAUCACGUUCUGCACUCUUCAGGAGCUUUUGUGGGGAUGUUCAUGUCUUCCUGUUUAAAACUACAAAUGCCUUCUAAUAUGCACGGAACCUCUGAGAACACUCUAAAAAAACAGGGUAUGAAACUUUCUGGUCUGCUACCUGGCCUUUCCUCUCUAAACCAACACUAACCCCUCCCGAAAGACAGCCGAGGAGUAGCAGUACGAAUCUGAUGGUGCUGAUUUCCGAAUUGCGCUCUUGUCCUUUGAGUUCAGUUGGCCGCACUGGCCUUUACUAUAGAUGGAUGAUAAGGUUUUGUUCUCCUUUCUUCCUUAUAUGCACAGCGAGCUAAAAUGAUAGCCUGAAUACCUUAUUAUGCACUGGACGUGAAUAUUUUUAUUUCAUUUUUAUUACAAACUCACAUUUUGGCCUCACAGUAGCACUACAUGAGUCCUUAUACAGACUUUUUAGAGACAUUGGUAAAAACAUGGUUUGUGUUCUCAAUAUGCAUGUAACGCACUACAAAUAACAGUUCAGAUCCUCCAUGGAAGGAAGUAUUCAUUUUUAGGACUACGAUGUGGGUUUUUUCGAUGGCCAGUACUGACGGUGAUAUGUUAGCAAAUCAAUGCAGAUUAAUUAUUUCCCUUACUUUACACAACAUUUACUCCGAAUAUUGAGUUAAUUUCCCUCAACAAGGCUGUCGGUCAAUACUGAUGUUUUUAAAAUGGCCAAAUAUUAGCAAACUAAUCAGUCUUGCUGAUAUAUAUCGGUUACCGAUCAGGACAUAUAUUUUCAUUUUUACUCACAGAUCAAUGAUGUUUUUCCAGUUCCAGUGUGCGAAACAUCACAGGAAUCCAGGUUAUCGGCUCUCUGUGUUUUUUCUUGGCUGUUCUGUGCGAUUGAGCAGCGCAGAGUAACGUUUGUCCUACUAGAUGCCCUGGCAGCGUGCAGAUAUGAAGCCUUAAUACACUCACUUAGUAUGAAUGGAUAUUCAUCUCCUCCAUGUGCCCUUGCAUGCCACAGGAAAGCAAACGCUUGUUGGUGCUUUGACGCUAAGCAGCUACGAAGGAACAAAACAGCUUUUCGCCGUAUCUCUGGGUACUUUAUUCCACUACACUAAAGCUGGCAAGACCUUUUCUGUUAGCCUGACACUUUAUUUAUUAAUUUUUUUUUUACAGAAACAGGUUGUAGUUUGUGCAAGAAGCAUUAAGAAAGAUGGUGCUAUGUAGUUAGUUACACAUCAUAUUGAAAGAUUCUAUGGACGAAAUGGAUGUUUUUUUAGAUGGUAAAAUGGCUUUUAGAUGUUUCAAGUGGAUGACGCUGGUAAUAUAUUGUUUACCGAUGACACUACAGUACAGUGCAUUAUAACUACAAAUACAUUUAUAUACAUACAUGCAUAUAUAUGUGUAUAUAUACGCACUCUGUUCCCCCUCAUUGUUUUCUUUUUCAUUACUGCAGACAAUGUACAGUGAAUGUUUCAUGGUGCAGGAUUUAUCUGAUGUGACAUUACAGGGCUGAGCAAACUAGAGAAGAGGGGAAAAAAGGCAGUUAUCUUUGGUUAAUUAACUGAGCGCCUCUUGAGUCAGGUUAAGUGCCUUGCUUGGGGCCGUAAUGGCAGUGUUACAUUUGAGCUGCUCCCUUCUCCUGUUGAUUUACCAGCUUUCUGGAUCACAACAACACUUUCACUUUGGCGUCUCAAACCUCUAAGCUACGUAUCGAAAUGUGAGAUAUUCCAGAACAGGUCGUAUUCAAACAUGUUUAAAGGGUUAGCACAUCCCAAAAAAAAUGACUCACCCUCAUGUCGUUCCAAACCUGUAUGACUUUCUUUCCAAGGAACACAAAAGAAGAUCUUUUGAAGAAUGUCCAAACAUUGGACCUCAUUGACUUUUAUUAUGUAGACAAAGAAAAACAGAUAUUUUUGACAAUAUAUUUUGUGUCUUAAAGUUUUGGAAGGACGUGAGUGCAAGUAAAUGAGUUUUCUUUUUAGGGUGGACUGUUCUUUUAAGAUUCGCAUUUUCGCUUUCUUUCCCUCCUCGGCUCUUGUCAGUUCAUUCAAGCCCCUGUUGUGUUUCUGCAUUACUUUAAAGCUGUGAAAAUGUACAAUUACAAAUGAGGUGUAAUCGUGCUAUUUAAAUGGAUAAAUGGCUACUAGGCAGGAAACCCCUGAGUACUAUUUUCCUCUCACACUGUUUUAUGUAUGAUGUAUUUUCCUCAAAAGGAAAGUCAAUGAAAGUACUUUCAUAACCACCUGAGAUAUAAACGAUCAGAUGAAGAUCUGAUCGCUCGAUGUAGGAACAACUGAAGGAAGUGACACGUGCACGUUUCCACAGUCUGAUGAGGUUCUUUGCGAAGCUGAAAUUCAGCUUAAAUACUGGGCAACAUUUAACAAUGCAAAUUAUAAUGACAGUUCGUUUUUCUACUGUUUUUAAGUUUAAAAGGGUGUCCUGAGUACUUACUAUUGUAGUAUUCCACACUUAUGCAUUCAUUUGCUAUACAUUUUUUUGUAAACGUUGUUGUAACUAUUAUAUGCAGUAAACAAAUGAACAGAUGUACACUUGGCGUCAGACUGAUGUAUGCAGGUGGUUCUUGCACUUUGUAUUCUUUCGUUCUUUGUUCUUUCUCUCUUUGCCUUCGGUCCCGAUUGGGGCACUUUAGUCUCCUGCAUGUGUUUUUAACCCUACCUGCUCAUUUACUGCCUGAAACUGAGAUCAGCUACAUUAAAGCUUAGUUAUGGUAAGCAGCCUUAUGUUAGCUCUCUUAAAGCCAUUUAUUGCAUGGUUCUAUUCACUAUGUGUGUUUUUGUCUGUACAGGUUACAGAUCUUCUUGGGCCGGACCCGCUAAAAAGCCCAUUUACAAAUGUCUAAUGUGAUCAGUUGCUUUCUAAUUUACCUAACUUAAAAAUUUUUUUUCAUUUUAAUGACUUGCUAACAAACUAUUGAGAUGCAGAAAUUCUGGACUCUUUUGUAUGACAAAUGAAAAUAAGGAGAAAAAAAAAAAAAAAGAGUUAAGUUACAAAAUGUUUAAUAAGUUUCAGUUGUUGUACUUGAAAAUCAUCGCUCAGAAUCGUCUUUGUGUGUCGACAACAAAGCCGUCAAUGUUGCAUAGCACUGAAGGUUUACUUGCAUAGGCAAUUUAAUACCGAUUGUGAAUGUUUCAGUGGUUUGGUCUGGAGUCUCUUUACUGUUAGAAACUCUACUACACCAAUAAAAAGAGGAAAAAUUACUAUUUGAAUUCAAAGGAAAAUAAAAUGUAAGUUUGUUUGCUAUUAUGUGAAGUUUGUCAGAUGGAGGAUAUCGAGAAUUCUAUUUAAUGGAAGGUCAAAGCAUUUUUUUUUUUUUUUUUUUAAAGAAUGCUUUGGUUACAUUUCUUUCGGUAUUGCUGUUGCAUUUUACUUAUUUACGUGUUGAAUUAUGAUGUCAUAAAGAUAUAAUUUUCUUUACUAUCACUAUUAUGAAAUCAUAUAUAGCGGGCCAAAUACUUUCUUUACCUCCUUCCUUCCUUGCAUGGGAUUAAAAAAAAAAAAAGAAAAAAAAUGGAAAAAAGAUAAAAGCUGAAAAAUUUGCCCUGGUAUUUUUGAUUAUUUGUAGAUGUAAGGGAUUUUUGGCCUACGACUGCACUCAGUAGAAACCAUCUAUAAACUGCCAUCAGUUACAAAGCCUCAUCUUCAUUUCUAUUCAGUUUCAUUGUGCACCUCAGUUCAAAAGUAGCUUUGUAUCCAGUCUGUCUUCAAUAUUUUGAGUGUUAUGUGACUAUGUACAAAUAAACGUAUUUCAAGAA